CCGUGGGAUUCCUGUUGCAGCUGGACUUGUAUCCGCACCAGUGUUGCAGGUCCCUCACCAGGGGCCACACCAGGGCAGGAACCGGAUAAGCCCACUGCUCCGGUGGGGAACUCGGGGCUUGGGCGGCCAAGUGACUUCCCCAAGUGAACAGGAACCCUCACCGGCUGGUCUCUGGAUGACCCUAGAUCAACAUGUCCAACGCCUUGGCCAACGCAGUGUGCCAGCGCUGCCAGGCGCGCUUCGCCCCUGCCGAGCGGAUCGUCAACAGCAACGGAGAACUGUACCACGAGCACUGCUUCGUGUGCGCACAGUGCUUCCGGCCCUUCCCCGAGGGGCUCUUUUACGAGUUCGAAGGUCGGAAGUACUGCGAGCACGACUUCCAGAUGCUGUUUGCUCCGUGCUGCGGGUCCUGCGGCGAAUUCAUCAUUGGCCGCGUCAUCAAGGCCAUGAACAACAACUGGCACCCUGGAUGCUUCCGCUGUGAGCUGUGUGACGUGGAGUUGGCUGACCUGGGCUUUGUGAAGAACGCAGGCAGACACCUGUGCCGACCCUGUCACAACCGCGAGAAGGCCAAGGGCCUGGGCAAGUACAUCUGUCAGCGUUGCCACCUGGUCAUCGAUGAGCAGCCCCUCAUGUUCAAGAAUGACGCCUACCACCCUGACCACUUCAGCUGCACCCACUGCGGGAAGGAGCUGACCGCAGAGGCCCGGGAGCUGAAGGGCGAGCUCUACUGCCUGCCCUGCCACGACAAGAUGGGGGUCCCCAUCUGCGGGGCCUGCCGCCGGCCCAUCGAGGGCCGGGUGGUCAACGCGCUGGGCAAGCAGUGGCACGUGGAGCACUUCGUCUGUGCCAAGUGUGAGAAGCCAUUCCUGGGGCACCGGCAUUAUGAGAAGAAGGGCCUGGCCUACUGUGAGACCCACUACAACCAGCUCUUUGGGGAUGUCUGCUACACCUGCAGCCACGUGAUUGAGGGCGAUGUGGUGUCAGCCCUCAACAAGGCCUGGUGCGUGCACUGCUUCUCCUGUUCCACCUGCAACAGCCGGCUCACCCUGAAGAACAAGUUUGUGGAGUUCGACAUGAAGCCGGUGUGUAAGAGGUGCUAUGAGAAGUUCCCGCUGGAGCUGAAGAAGCGGCUGAAGAAGCUGUCGGAGCUGGCAGCCCGCAGGGCGCAGCCCAAGUCCUCGGGCCUGCACCCUGCCUGAGAGGCCCGCCCACCUUGCCGCUUCCUGCUCGUAGCUCUUCUGCUGCCUGAGGCUUCACUCCCCACUUCAGCUCCCUGAACCUGCGGCAUCUCGCUCCUGUCU